CCGUCAGAUGCGUCAGAUGUGCCGCGGCUGUAGGAGCGAGUGAAGAAGAGGGGGAUGGGGAGAAUUGUUUUUGUGUUGCAUUCCUGCAGUGUGUUUGACCUUUGACCUCAUUGUUGUGUUCUCGUCUUCCAUUCCAAACCGAGGAUUUCCUGCAGUAUGCCAAAGGCUGCUGGGGCUCGCCUGUUUUUCGCCCUUUCUCUGUUUACCUCCGUUUAACCAGCGUUACAAAAAAUAACUCUCAGGAACGCCGCUGCUACAACAACCUACAUUUUUUUGUCAAGCCGUUCUAACGAAACGCGUGCGUGUUUGAACAGAGCGACUACGCAAGUACUUGGGGCGAAAGGGUAUCAAAGACCCUUCUGGUGUUGCAGCUAGCCUAGCAAGCUAGCGGGUUUGUCGUCUAUCGCGCACACGUUUCAUAUCCGCUGCAGAAAUCCGCACCCGAGCGACAACGCUGAGGAAAUGAAGGACAAACAGAAGAGAAAGAAGGAGCGAACAUGGGCCGAGGCAGCUCGUAUGGUUCUGGAGAACUUUUCUGAUGCCCCAAUGACACCCAAACAGAUUCUGCAUGUCAUCCAAACAAAGGGGCUCAAAGAAAUGAGAAGUGGCACAGCUCCACUAGCCUGCCUGGUCACCAUGCUUCACUCUCAGGUCAGAGGAGACAGAGUGAAGAACAGUAUUUUCUUCAAGCUUCCUGGAAGGAUGAGUUUGUUUACCCUAAAGGUAUAG